UACAAAAAUUACAUUUAUGAGCGUUUACUAAUUUGUUCUGGGUGAUGAGACUGGUGGCGUUGCUGUGUUAUCGUAACCUGACGUGUGCGUUUCCAGUUGCUGCGGGCUGCAUGUACAAAGACUUAACCGACCCGACAAUGGGAUAACGUGGAAGUGAACGAGAGCGUGGCGUGGUGAUGGUAGCAGCGUCGGCUAGCUAGCAUGCUAACAGCUAACAACAAUGAGCCAUAUUUGGCGCUCUAGCGGGCAAAAGUUCGAAUUUAAAGGGAUGGGUGGCUUUAUCGGAACUUUAUGUUUUUUAUUAAAAUUUUGACAACAUGCAUGAAUUGUGCCUAGUUGAUGAAUGUGUGUUUGGUAUUCACCCGUAAUUCAACGAAUAGCCCGGUAGCUUUUUGUUUCUGCACUUCAGAAAGCGCUGCUGCCCGCUUUUUGUUUCGGAUUAGCCCUCGCAAACAAAUAGACGGCGAAACAGCGUCUUAUAACAGAAGAAAGCAAUUGUAUUCGUUAUUGUAAAAUCGUGAAAGUUCCGGUUUAUACACAAGUGUUCAGAAAGACAGCAUUUACUCCAAUUGCCAACAGUAAAACAGUACUUGAGUGGUGGGUGUAACGUCGAUGUGAUUCUCCGCACGUUUCGCGGACUGAGUGUUUGAAAGUUCGGGACCCCGUUUCAGAUGCUCAGCUUAACUUUCUUGCUCAUUGAGUUUUAUUUCUGAGAUAACACAACCAGUAUCACUAGGUUAUAAUGCGAUUUCAAGUGUCGUCUGUUUUGGGGGUGUUUUGGCGUUCCCGUGACUUGGCUUUAAAUUCCUUAAGAUACUUGAAUGACGUCGCUUUAGUCGAAUUUAAUCAGUUUUUCGUCCAUUUGUGCGUUGUCUAUUUAAUGCACCAAUACUUUAAAGCGGGACUCUUGCGGGAUUUGUUGCAAUUGUGUGUUUUAGAGCGGUUUGCUUGUAUCUGUAUGUGUGUGCGUGUUGGGACCGCCCCCUUUCAACAGUACAGCACACAACUGUCUGCACACAUCCAUGGUGCUUUUUACGGGGGUUGGGACAAUUACCGACCGUGUGCUUUUUACCCUUGCAGGUUUUUUUCCCCCAUAACACUGACCAUGUUUGGCUUUCAUAAGUCAAAGAUCUACCGGAGUAACGACGGCUGUUGCAUUUGCAAGACCAAGUCCUCCAGUUCACGUUUCACAGACAGCAGCCGCUAUGAAGAGACGUUCAAACUGUGUUUUGGGCUCUCAGAGGAUCGUGUUGGAGACAUUUGCAACGCGUGUGUGUUACUGGUGAAAAGGUGGAAGAAGCUGCCUCAUGGCUCCAAGAAGAACUGGAACCAUGUGGUGGAUGCUAGAGCUGGCCCCGGAUUUAAGAUGACAAAACCCAAGAAGAUCAAGAACAGCGACGGGAAGAAGAAAAGCAAGCUGAGGAAGCUUCACAAGUUAAAGAGACAAACAGACUCAGACGCCCACAGCACAACCUCCAGUGUGUCCCCGGCCCAGUCUCCCAGUUACAGCAACCAGUCAGAUGAUGGUUCAGACAUCGAGUCCAAACAAAGACGCUCCACUCCCUCCAUCUUCUCUUUCUUGGAUCGCUCCUACUGGAAGAGGCAAAAGGUGUGCUGUGGAAUUGUCUACAAAGGUCGGUUUGGAGAGGUGAUUAUCGAUCCCCGACUUUUCAAGCCCUGCUGCAGUUCCAAAAAACAGAAGACACUGACGUCCACACAAGUGGCUACACACAUGCCGGACACGCUCGGUCCACAGCUCCCAGAAGACAUGAAAGAAACCUGGUGAAGGCUUAUGUUGAAUCCCCCUGUAAGGGUUAUCCAUGGCAUCCACCUGGAUUUGUCUCCAGUGGCAGACCUCUCAUUUCCAUUCCCCCUAAUAGUUAGUUAAUUAGAUGUUACCUGUCCACAUAAUAUUCCUUUUUUUAAUAUGGGUUUUUUAUUUUACUUUUUGUAUAGAGUCAGUUUUUUUUAAUUUUUUUUUUAUAGAAAGCACAAAGGAGAAAAAAAUGGGCAUUAGCGUUAUUUAUAGAUGAGGAGACAAAUUUUGUUCAGGCUCUGUUUUUGAUUCUGAAUUGUUUUUGAUUAUUUUGUACUAAGUGAUCAGCUUUUUGUAAAUAUUUUUGUCACUUUUUGAUACAUAUCAGAACUGUUAUAUUUUAUUUUUUAAUUUUUUUUUUUUACAUAAUUUGUUAAAUUGUAAGUGUGCAUAUGAAAGACACCAGCUGUUUCUAAUACCAGCUUUCUGUGUGUUGGAGUGGCUCUUCAACAUGUUGCUUCAAUGUCUUGUCCUAACUGUUUGCUCCAUAUGUGCAAACGAGUGAGUCUGUUAGAUUUUGUUUUUAGUACACAAAUAGCUUUCGCUGACACCAUUGAUCAUCAUUACAAGUAUCCUCUCUGAAUUUAAUGAUCUUUUCAUGUGUAACUAGGUAAAAACGCAUCAUCUCUCAGAUAUGUACACAGCUUAAGCAUGCCACAGUUUUGAAACACUCCAUUUUGAUUUUGUUCACCAGUUUGUGCACAUUGACUUAGAUAGAUGUGGUUAGACGAUGCAUGCAGUACGUCUUUUCUGCCCUUUGAAGUGACACUGAUUCAUUCAUUUCUUUUGUACAGUCUCCAAUCAAAUGCCAGUGCAUGUUGUAAAGCAAAUGUUUUUAAAGUGGAUUUUGUAAAUACAGUAUUUUGGCUCUUGGUACAUCCAAACCUUUUUAAAUUACAGGAAUGGAAAACCACUACAUCUGUUUUAAGACAAACUGCUUUUGUGUGUCUGAAAGGUGCUGAAAACGUAUUUUUAUGCUAAGCCAGUUUUAUUGCAUUUUCACAUCUCAUUUUCUUAGACACAUUUCUCUAGAGGCAUGGAUUGCUGAAGCCUAUGCUCAGUGCAGAAAUAUGUGUAACUGCAGGGAAAAGUAGAAAUUUAAUUGCAGCGUCAGCGAGCUGUAAUAUUACUACAGUUUUUAUCGCUGUUGACCGAAACCGAAGGUACAUGAAACACGUGACCAAAGUUUUAUGGUCGCUCUACAAUUUAACCAGAAAAAAAGGUGCUCUAGGAGUAGUGUAUUUGUGGUUCUCAUUACUGUUAUUCAUCUUUAGAAACAGCUGUCAAAAGUUCAAACUAUGCAGACAUUUUGAAUGUGAUAAGUGCUAUGGGGCUGUCUGUUGCUUUUGCUAUUAAAGUGUUAAGUGACGGAUCCUUACUCAACCAAAUUGGCUUGUAAAAAGCAUCCAUUAAUUCAGCAAUAAUGUUGCAUUUUUCCAAAUCGUAAGUCAUUUUUUGUCAAGAUCAUUCUCAUGUAUGUCAUGUUAUACUAAUGCUCAGAUUGCACAGUUUUUGCCAUGGAGCAUACUGUCUCAAAUUAAUACUGCAGUGACAACGGUUGCUUUUUUUGUUGUUUUUAUAUUAUUGUAACCAAUCUCAAGCUAAAUGAGUUGACAGGCUAUGCUCUGUAAAGUUGCUUAAUAUAUAAACUCUUCUACGGCAGGGUAGUUAAAUGCUGAACAUGUUUAUGAUUCUUACUUAAAGGAGAAAUGCUGCUUCCUUUUUAGCUGAAGAAUAAGCUUGUUUUUUGUCCUUAAGGAGUUGCCAUAUUGUUUUUGCGAGGUACAUUUGGGAUGCGAGAUGUGCCUUAAUGACUUACCUGACCUUUCCAUUAUGAUUCCUAUGUAAUUUAUAUUUAUUUAUUACAAAACCUUUUUUUAAUUGAAAUUUUGAGAUAACUGGUGUAGAGCCUUUCAGAAAGUCUGUUUUUAAUUUUGUGCACUUCCUUUGAACAUGAAAUGUAUGGUUUUUUUUUAAUGCUUUUUUUGUAUUCUGUGCCACAAAGUAGGUCUGUAAUAUAAAUAAAAAAUUAGAGAACAA